GCGGUGUAGUGACGUCAUGACCGUCUAUUGACCAGCCGCACAUUAGCCCGGCAGUUUGCACAAUAUGACUCGCUAAACGGCAUAGAUUCGAUCUGAAUUAUUCAAAAAGGUAUCUAGGUUAGCGUGAUCUGGACAAUUCAUUUAGUUUAGUCUCUGAAGCAUAUCUCUUGAGCUGAUAACAUGUGACCAUUUGAUAUCAAAGACCACGGAAUUCUUUAACGGAAUACACUACCCGUGCACUGAAAAGACUCCACGUGUGGGACACUCUUUGUGGGUGGGGUCAAGAGAUACAAUGACUCCCGUCGUCUUCGUCGUCUGUUUGCUAGCCUCACUGUCCAGUGUCACGUCUCAGAACAUCCCCCCACACAUAAUCACACCUGAAGCCAAGACGAAAGAGUACCUCAAAGGCAAGUCGAAGGUUGUUCUCCACUGCACAGCAUCGGGAAACCCCGCUGUCACAUACAAAUGGUACUUCGACGGAACGAAGAUCACAUCUACUAACUAUGUGAAAGUAGACAGUACAACCGGUAACCUGACUAUACCCAGCUUCUCAAACAGAGAACAGGGGGAGUAUCAGUGUGGAGUGGAAAAUAAUGUUGGGCCGGGUGUGUACCCAUUAGCCAUGUCACCCGUUACCACCCUAAAGGAAAUUGUUCUAAAAGGUUGGGCUGACAGCGGCGCUAAGCCAAAACCCGUCAAUGGGUCUGAGGGUGGAUACGCUCGUCUCGAGUGUGGUGAUGCUCCUGCGAGCGAUCCUCCAGCACGCUUCACGUGGUUCCUUCAAGGAGUCGAAGGCACCCAGGAACAAGUUAAAGAAACCAACAGAAUCUAUAUUGACGAUAAAGGGACGCUGCAUUUCAUCUUCUUGGAAGUGGCAGACCAGACAGCUGUUGACAUAUACAAGUGCGCCAUGUAUAAUGACAAUCCUGACAACAUCCAGCUGGGUAGUCCAAAGAAGCUGACAGUUAAACCGGCAGAUGUCAAACCUCAAGUGCCUCCAAAGCCUGUCUAUAGGACCGUCAAUCCCCAGUUUCUCAUAGGCCAGGAUGCUGAGCUGGAGUGUGUUUUCAGCGGACACCCCAUCCCGUCUGUCCAGUGGCUGGGUUUGCGGAAAGAACUUAUCACAGCCAACAAGAAGUACAGACUUGACAAGAACAACAUGAAACUGCAGAUCAUUAAUAUAACAGAGAAUGAUGAAGGCAUUUAUACAUGCACUGCGACCAGCUCUACUACGGUCGAAGACAACAUCUUCCUGGACGUUACAUCUGGUCCUAUCUGGGAACAGAGUCUUCACAACCAGACCAUUCCUGAGGGUCGAGAUGCCAUCUUCACUUGCAAGGCCCGUUCGGCUCGUUCCGAAGAUGAGUUGAAUGCCCCUGUGUGGUACAAGAAUGGGGUUGAGAUCAACAUUAACAAUCUUCCAGGUACUGGAAAGAUGGAGUUCAGCGACCGUUACCGUGUAAUGACCGUCAGAGGCCUGACCAAGCCAGGCGACAUCAUGUGCCUCCAGUGUCGGGUUACCAACUCAAUUGGCUCUGAGUUCGCGAACGGUUGUCUCAAUGUCAUAGAACCCAUCAUAGUGACUACCCAGCCUUCACUUAGGCAGGGCAUCAAGAAAGGUGAUCUGGUGAACCUGACUGUGAGGGGAACCACAGACCCGGGCAUGACCCUCAGGUACAGAUGGGAAUUCAAGAAUAAAACCUAUUACACAGAACUUCCUCCAUACGUGACCUACGACGACGUCUCAGAUAAAGCCUACAUCAACACUACGAGUCUGAGCGAUGAGGAGUACAAACAGAUUGAAGGAAAUUAUAGCCGAGUGCUGUACCACAGCUUUGAAACCCACCCUGUAGUCAUUGAAGUUGUCCUAGAGGAUUGGAUAGUUGCACCUGUAGUGGUUCGUCAGGCUGGGGUGCCGAUCUGGCUCAUCAUCCUGCUGAUACUUCUCAUCCUCCUCAUCAUCUUCAUCAUCAUCUGCUGCUGCUGCUAUCAGAAGAGGAAGGAUCGGGGAGCGUACAAAGUGUACGACACCGAGGUGAACACUGUGUAUUUAAGCCCGGACAAGGAUAUAGAGGAUCAUAAAUUCCAGAACGUCACGAGCAUAGACCCUGAAGAAGACGAGUCCGUUAAGAAAACUCUCAACCCCAACUAUGAACUGAGCGAUGACGACAUGGACUCACUAGACGGAUACGCCGGAGGUAAAUCCAACGCCGCGUAUUUCAGCGAUGACGCCUCAUUUGUAGGACAGUAUGCCACUAGAGCGAGUCAGGAUUUCUGAGGACAUUGUAUUGAUAUAUCAACAUAUUAACAAACAUAUCAACGUUUUAAGCAGGUCAACGAAACGGGUCGAUGCGGUCGAUGUGGAAAUUUCACUUCGAGUUUUGGGUUGCCAAAUGAACCUAUGACACAAACGUAUUUGGCGAUCAAAUUAACUUAAUAUUUAUGUAUUCGGACACCAAAUCGACAUAUUUAGAUACCUUAUCACUUCGUAUUCUAAAGUUUCGGCAAUAACUCAGUUUCAUUAUCAGUUUUUGCUACAAACAUGACUAUAUACAUUUAAAUGUGUGUCUAUGACCUUAGUCAGUGUUACACACUGCAUCUCAAACUUCACUCAUUUGUUUGGCUAUAUUUUGCAAACGUACACAUCAUGCAAAAUAUAGGUUAAGCAUAUUCAUUACUUUCAACAGAUAUUGAAGUCGGGAAAAUCGUCUCGUUGCUUUUCAUAUGUAGAUUAACAAGUCCAUUAUUUUUGUCUGUUUCUUUACACAAAGCGCAGCAUUUAAAAGUGACAAGAACCUAUAACAGCCAUGAGAAAUAUCUGCUAAAAGCACGUCAUAAGUAACACCAUGUUUGUUUUCAUCAACACUGACGUUCCUAUAGUCUGUACAUGUCUCUGAGACGUCCAACACUGUUCACCACUUCCACUCAUACAUUCGUACCAUCGUACAUCCACAUCGACAUCCACAUCGACAUCUACAUCGACAUCCACAUCGACAUCCCAUCAACACAUAUGUCGACGUUUUUCAUUACGUAUGCUGUGAACGAGAUACAUAAUAUGCUGUAUAUUAUGAAUAAUGUUUGAAAUAAUAUUUUCAGCAUUUGCUUCAACACCAUCGGACAUGACACCAGCAGUACAUGGGGGAGAAUACACCGCUUAACUCGUACAAAACAAUGUUGUGACAGUCCGCAAAAAUAGGCAUUUUUAUAAAUGAUUGUUAUUGUAACAUUGUCAUAUUGGCUUGAAAACCGUUAUUACAGCAUAAAUCACAGAUGCACAACAGAAUGCGUUUUCCUUUCAACAACAUCAAACUUCAAACAUUAGUGUCCUUCUUGCCCAAAACGUUUUUCGAAAACGAUAUUGAAAAAAGAUAUUCCUACAAGUGUUCUAUUUUCCAUUUAGUUUAUAUUUUUCUUACUCAUAACUGGCACGCAUAUUAGUAUUGUUCUUGAUUUAACUCGUAUGCGAUGGCUGUGCUUUUCUUGCCGAUAUCCCUUAAACUAAGAUAAGAAACAUACAUAGGCAGGGCAGACACAUGUAGUGAAGUAAAUUGAAUAAAUGUACAAAAUCUGAACUCGCAUUAUAUAUACAUAUAUUAGAUUUCCAACACAAGUGUAUAUAUUUUAUUUCAUCAGGCCGCAGGUCAACUAGCUCCAAGUAGUGUACACGCCUUGGAACAGAAAUGCAGGCAGCAGGUUUGUCCACACUUUAUGGACUGUCCACACGUGUUGGACGUAAUACGUGGUAUUCAGGGAAGAAUGUUUAAAUGAAUAUUCGGGAAGUGGUGGUCAAUUUCCAUCCAUCACAAAAAUUGUCCAACGUCUGAAUAUUCAGGUGCGAAGUUAUUUCCGAUGUUUGGUUACUCUAUAUUACUAGAACAUAUUAUGCAAAAUAAUACAAUAUUUUUGUUAAUAUAAUGUAACAUUUAAAAUGUGUCACAUAUUUAUAAAAUAGAUUGUUGUCUUGUUUUCCAUAAUGUGCCUGUGAACCCAGUGCCUAUGAUUCUGUCCAAUGAAUGCUUUAGAUAUUGUCUUUUGAGUUUCAACGUAUUCCAAAGAAGACAAUUAGUUCAGGACUAAAAGAUCCGGUUUCAGCGACCCGCACUUGUCGUAAGAGUCGACUGACGAGAUCAGAUGGUCAGGUUCGUUGACUAGGUUGAUCGACUAGAUGACUAGAUGUUCUUGAUGCCAAUCACUGGAUUGCCUGGUGGAUACUGAAGUAUUUACAGACGGCCGUGAUGUACCUGGACGGUCGUGUGCUGAGUGCUGCAGUUAGGCAACAGACACACUAAUCAGUGUAUAAUUUGUGUGAGAAUACCCCUCUUUGGAAUACUUUCCUGGCUCAUUGUGUGUGUGGUGUUACACAAGAACCAAACACAACACUGGAUAUAGUUAGUAAGGGUGUAUUAGUUAGUCUCUGACACCUUGCUUAUCGGCGCAGUAUGCUGUUUGGGAUGCACACCUAUAGGUAGAUGAUACUGCUGUUCUUAGGAUAUUAGACUUCCAUUUUUCACAAUACCCCGUAUUAUUGAUUGUCUAAUAUAAUCAUUUGUGUCUCUACAACACAGUUAUGCUUUGUUGUGCUUACACUGCCACCAUGUUAACGAUUUGCCCUCCAUGUAUAUAUGUCUAUAGUACAUGUGCGAAAGGUGUUAACUAUAUGGUGACGAUAUGAACGUUUUGUUGAUGUUAUAUUUUCAUUUUUCCAUCAUCAUUGUGCAAUGCUUCAUAGGCUUGAAUUACUCAGUAUUACUUAAUAGGUUAGUUCAUUGUCAUGACGAACUUGUCCGAUAAAUCGAUUAGAUUACGUCAAAUGUGUUUUUCUAUAGUGACACUUCUGUCACGUUUCUCGAAUAAAAUAUUUUACAAUG